UUUAUCUUGACAGGCGUUGUUGAAAUUGUGGCCUUACUCAGAAAAUCCAUCCCGACGUAUUGAUUCAGAAGGAGAAGUUACUAAAAAUUGAGUGGAUACAAACUGAGCUGAUACAGAAAUUGAGGUUUCAACUCUGCUGAAGUAUAUGCUUGACCAACAUGACUCUUUAGUUGUCAGCAGAAAUCUACGGCAUUCAGACAAGGGGAAAGUAGUCAUUUCUGUUCUUGAACUGGAAGAAAUCUGCUAGAGUCAAGCCCAGGUUCCACCUUAGGGGAGAAUUUGGUUCAUGAGACAAUUAUCCAUGUCAACCCAAGUGAAUCCUUGAGUUUUUUAUGCACCGAGAAAUAUCUGCUGGACUGAAUGAAAAGUAGACUUCGGAAAGGUCAAGCUGAAAGACCAGCAUCUUUUAAGAGUGGAGUACCAAUUGGUUGUUGUUGAAGGUACCUGAAACAUUGUGGCCCUUUUUUUUUUAAAUUUCUCUCCAACAUUGGGGAAAACAGGGGAAUUGUAUCAAUGCAUAGCAAAUACUCGUACGAGGACUCGCCAGGCCCACUGAACAGCACUCCCCUCUCUGGCAGUAGAAAAACACCAAGUAUUGAUGAGCCAGUGCGUAGUGGCUUCUGCUACCUCCGUAAAAAGACCAGACAUGGGCUUAUGGCAUUCUCGGUUGCAGUGCUUAUCUUUGCACUGCUUGCCUGGUACUACGUCACCCAACAUGGCCGCAUGGCGGUCGUGUCCAUCGGUCCCAUGUCUUUUGACCCGCAGGGGCGUAUGGUCAUCCUGAGUAAUGCCAAAGGACGGACGGUGUUUAAGGACAAGCUUGGGAAUAAUCUACCGAAAGGGGCGGAGAUUAGGGAUUGUACAAGGGAGGUUGACGCCCUCACCUCGUUUUGUUUGAAUUGGAUAAACGUGACGCUUCAGGAUGAGUUACCACUCGUUGAAAUGCACAUUGAGUAUGUGCCACAGAAAGACAACAUCAAGUGUAUCAAUGUCGCGUGGACGGCCUUACGAUUGAGCUUUGCUCCGCUGGACUGCGUCUCACUGAAUAAUUCCCACUGGUACGGAGGGAGUAUUGUACAUAAUCAACACUGGGUUUUGGAAAAGCUCAGAAUCCCUAUGCAACCCUACGUAUCAAGGGAUAUCGUCUCUGAAAGAAACGCCUUUGGAUCAGUGUUAGAACGCUACUGGUUGUCAUCCAACGGUGUUGCAGUUAUUGUUGAUAAAGACACACCUCUACAUGUGUCUGUCAAUGCAAAAAAGACAAGUCGGGAACUGUGCUUGAAAGCCGAGUACUUCAACUCGCCAUAUCAGAACCCAGCUAACAAGCAUGCAUCUUUGAAAUACACGGUGUGUAUGGGAGAGAACGUUAGGACGGUGCACGAACAUGUUCUGCAAAAUUAUUUCAACAGACCCCCUGGUUUGCCAGACGAGCGCAUGUUCAGGUCUCCUGUAUGGUCGACGGGGGCGAGAUUUAGAAUCAACAUCAACCAAUCAGCUGUGAUAGCCUAUGCUAAUGAGAUCAAUCACAAUGGAUUCCCAAACAGUCACAUUGAAAUUGACGAUAAGUACACAUCUCAUUACGGCGAGGCGGACUUUACGGAGACAAAGUUCCCCAACGCUCGACAGAUGGUUCAGGAUCUUCAUGAUAAAGAGUUUCGUGUAUCUGCCUGGACCCACCCGUUUGCCAACAUUGAUUCGCCGACAUUCCGCAGGGGGAUUUCUCACAACUAUUGGAUGCGAGAACCCAGCGGACGGGUGCCUGCAUUGAUUAAGUGGUGGAACGGCAUCGGUGCGACGUUGGAUGUCACCAAUGAGGGCGCUGCAGAGUGGUACAUCGGCACACUGCGAAAGAUGCAGACGGACUACGGCCUGGACUCGUUCAGAUUUGACGCCGGCGAGGUCUCCUAUAUCCCCUACAUCUACAAUGCCACCAUUCCAUUCAAUGAUCCCAACGUUUACUGCACCCAGUACGUGGAACUUGUGGCCACCAUCAACCGACAGAUCACAGUUCGCUGCGGUCACCAAACCCAACACCAGCCCAUAUUUGUAAGGAUGGUGGACAAAGAUGCUAAUUGGAACUACAACAAUGGUUUACUGACGGUCAUCCCCACGGCUCUCCUGAUGGGCAUCCUGGGAUAUCCCUUCAUCCUUCCUAGUUACCCCAGCACCAACACCCACGCCAUCGGCACGAAACCAGACCGUGAGCUUUACAUUAGGUGGGUGGAGCUGAUGGCCUACCUCCCCUCCAUGCAGUUCUCCAUCGCACCCUGGCAGUAUGAUGAAGAGGUCAUUCAAGUUGCACAGAAAAUGGUUAAAAUCCACGAGGUGGUUGUGACCUCGAGGAUGCUAAAUCUCUCCAGUGAGGUCAUAACAAAAGGUCACCCAAUCAUCAGGCCUGUCUGGUGGAUCGCCCCAUCUGACGAAGUGGCCCAGCACAUUGAUUCCGAGUUCCUGAUCGGGGACACCUUUCUCGUGGCGCCGGUCCUGACCAAACACGCCCGAGCACGCGACGUCUACCUUCCAGCUGGAGACUGGAAGGAAGAACUGCGAGAACAGAGCAUCUUGAAGGGUGGAACUUGGUUCAAAGACUAUCCAGUCGCGAUUGACGAGGUUGCGACAUUUGCAAAGGUUUAGGGUUUCAUAUUGAUGCGACCGGGCACUAUUUUGUGGUCUAUGUGCGAUGAACAACAGUUCUAGUUGGCAAAAUGUAAUGUUCGCUGCCUCCCCAUGACUUCAGUCAUUCCUUUAUUUGUAAUUAUCAACAAAUGCACUUGAGACUCUGAGUGUGGGCGGCAUUACUGAAAUUGCCCCCCAAAAAACCCAAGACUAGGCAAGUCUAGUAUAAAAAGCUGGUCCCACGCAGACCAAUUUGGUCUAAAGGGUCUAGGUAGGCAUCGGAGUCAAAUUUGUGGGCUGAGAUGAGGCUUGAGCAAAUCUAAUUCAGAAGUGACAGUCAGUCAGAUCAGUAAGGUACAAAAGGGACCAUACGUUGUUGGCUGGCCAGCAAAAAUAAAGAAAAUUGAAAAGUGUCUCUAAGAUCAGAUGACCACAAAGUUCAUCAAUCGUCUGCUAUUAGUGAUGAUCGAUGAGCUGUACAAGACGGGGGCGUUAAUUUAAUCCCGGGGGGAUGGGGG